GCGUCGACACCAACGCACGUGCUGUCAAACGGAACGGUUUGGAUCGCGCGCGUUCGAAAUCCGAAAAUUUAAAAAUAAUGACAUUUUGGUGUUGUUUUUUUUAAUAGUGCCAAGUUGCCUUUGGAGUGCCAGUUCAGGAUUUGGAUUGUUUGUGUUGGAUUUGCGAAAUGUCAACUUUUAUUAGUUCUGCAACGACACAGGCUGAUGCAAAAGAUCGUAUAUUAGAGCGAGAUGCCGGCUUCGUGUCGGGUGGCGACGACGACGAUUCGUGCUCCGGCCCCGCCCACUCCGACGACUCCGGGGUCAGGCUCGUCGAGUCCGACCUGAGGAAGAGAGACCGCACACCACCUCUCCUUCCCCCGCCGAAAAAACGACGGCUCGCCUCCGGCGAUGAACCGUCAGAAAGCACGAGCCCCUUCAGACCUUGGUCUUUCCCAGAAGAACCUCAAAGAGAACCGCUUUCAUUAGUCAAGAAGAGUGAAACGAGUUUGCUCCGGCAAAGAAGAAGGCCGGUCGAACCUCCACCACCGCCAUUACCUCCGCCAAGCGUCGAACCGAGACCUGGUCCGCCUCGAGUACCGCCUCAUCCAGGCGUCGUCGCAGAAUCCUCAUACACAGAGAAAUCAAAACCAAGAGAGCAAAGAAACUACAAAAACAUGACUAGAGAACGAAGGAUAGAAGCCAACGCCAGGGAAAGAACGAGAGUCCACACCAUCAGCGCGGCUUUCGACACUUUAAGAAAGUCCGUGCCCGCCUACAGCCAUAAUCAGAAGCUAUCCAAGCUGUCUGUCCUCCGAAUAGCUUGCGCGUACAUCGCUGCGCUGUCAGCGGCGAUAGACCCCGAAGCUGAUCUCUCCUCGGCAGUGGAAUCCGUGACGCAAACGAUACACACGGAAGGGAAGUUAAGAAAAAAGAAAGACGAUCCUUAGAUCUGGAAGCCGUCUCGAACUAAACCGUCCCCUAAGCCUAUUCUGAUUAACUCUGGUAGUACAAACAUGACAAUAAAGGGAUUAUGAACUAUUUAUUGGAGAGUAGAGUAGUGCGUUUUACCACAUUUUAAAUCUAGUGAUACUUAUAUACUGUUCUAAGGUUGACGCUUGGUACAUAUGCACAACUGUUAAUUUAUAUGUUAUAUCUACCAGUUCCUAUGAAAAAAAUACCUACACAAAAAAUAUAAAACUGAUAAGUGUUCCGUGUAUGAGCUUCGUAAAAAUGGAAAAUGUCAGUAGGUAUAUAGUUGUGAACAAUUGCACCUAUUUUGAUAGAGCUCAAAGCAUCCUACACUCGUAUUUUCCAUUUUCUAUGCAACCGAACAUCAGAGGUAAACACGAUUGAUUGAUUGAUUUAAUGAUGAUAUGUAUGUAUUUUGUGGGUUCGCGAAGUCCCAGUAAGAAUCUCCUAUUGACUGAUAUUCCAAGGUUUGUAGUAGUUAUUAAUGUAUAUCCAGAAAACCUUGCAUUUUUGAAGUGAAAACAUUUGUAACUGUAUUAGAUUGCCAUUGAUAUGUCAGCUUUCGAAGUAGAUUGGAAUGUAACUUGAUUCAAGGUACUGUGGCCUACCAAAAUGCUCAGUUGUUUUUGGUGUUAACCUUGCUUCUGGAUGUGAGACGUUUUUGCUUAGCCCUUAUUUCCAGAUUUGGUUCUUUAAUGGAUAAUCUAUUUUUAGAUGCGAGACCGGCAUACUUCUUAAAAUAACUGGUAUACCUACCUUUAUAUGGCGUUAUUUACUCUUGUCUCUGUAUGAGUAUGUCCGAAAUCGUAACAAAUCCAGAUAUCCAGAGACAAUUGGCAUUUGAAUGUGACUGAAAGGUUCCAAGUUCCAAAAAGGCAUUAUACUGGCGGCUAUUAUUAAUCGAAAAGCACUAAAAAGUCAAUCAAAAGUAGUUCACCUAACAUCUAUUUGUGUUUGAAUUUAAAUUAUAGAUGUAUUAUUCAAAGAUAUAAUAGGCGUAAUUAUCGUAAUUAAGAUAAAUAUUUUGACGUCAACAAGACACCUAUUUUUGUCAUUUAACAAGUUUACAGCUUGACCAGUAAUAUACAUAUGAUCAUUGUCAACAGGGCGCUGUUUUUCUCAUGUAUAUAAUAGGGUGACAGUUCAGUAUAUUAUGAAAAAAAAAAUGGUUCCAGUGAAAUUCCGCAACAUGGCGCGUGAUUAGGUAUACCGGGUGUGGCCUGUAACACGAGCAAAUAAUUAAAACAUAGAUUGUACUCCUCAAACGGUGACACUUUUGUUCAACACCUUUUAAAAAUUAUGAAGUAUUUAAUGUCCCUAUUUUUCAUACAAAAAAAUUAAACUUCAAUGAACGCCAUCGCCACGCCAUAUCAUUGUGAUUGACGUUGCUUGUCAAGCCUUAAACAUAACAAAAUUCGCAAUACAUUGCGUCAUAGAAUAAACUUUAAAGUGUAUUAAAAAUCAAACCACAAGUUAUUUAUAAAAGUCGCUGAACACAUGUUGGUCAGUAUGAGGAGUACAGCCUACAGUUUAAUUUUUUGUUUAUGUUACAGGCCACACCCGGUAUAUUCCUGGUGAGGCUUUAAUUAAAGUGUUUUUUCGAUCCGACUAAUAUGCUGUCAUUUAAUGCCUACCUAGUUCGUUCGUUAGUUAGUUCCGACAGCCAUUCCCAGUCCAGUAUUAACAUAAAAUUACGAUCUACCUUUAAAUAUAAUCGGGCUUUAAAGAUAAUUUAUUACAAUCGAGUCAGUAAUUUGUAAGAUGUAUAUUUUGUAGAAUAAGGAUGUAAGUUUUGUAAUAUGUUGUGUGGUUGAAAACAAUGUGAUCCUUACUGCAGAUCCCAGGCAUUAUUAAAAAUACCCGAUGUUUAAAGGUGGAGAUUCGCCCCACGACAGAAA